UGGUGGGGAGGAAAUCACAGCUCCGCCUUCGAUUAGCCAGCCUGGCCGACUUGCUGUUGCUGAGCAGCACCAGGCAGCAGGCAGCGUCCGAAGAGGACCGAAGGCGUUCCGGAGGUGAGGAGCAGCUUUCCCGCGGGAGACCAAAACGUCCAUUUUAUAGUAUUUGGGCUUAAAAGGGAGAGAUGCCGUUUCAAGAAGCGUACUGCCUUGUACAUACUUAGUGGCGGGCUGAGAGGGGAGCUAACUGGGACUGUCCGACGCGCUGCUCUCUAACCGCCCCCCCACACCCCCACGGCUCCGGCCAGCCGCUUGGAACUUAGCCCACCGCCCCCUUUUGCUCGUGGCUCCGCUUCAUUCCAAGCAUGGCGGCGCUCCUCCGUGCCAGGGCCAUUUAUGACUUUAACUCGGAGAAUCCCGGUGAGGUGUCGGUGCGCGAGAACGAGAUAGUAACUUUGUACAGCGAGCAGGACAUCGAGGGCUGGCUGGAAGGUACGAAUAGUAAAGGCGAGAGGGGGCUCUUCCCCGCGUCCUACGUGGAGAUCCUGCGGGGGGACAACAACACGCUCGGGGAUGCGCAAUCCGAGUCCCGAUACGCCAACGUGCCAUCCGCGGCGGGAGUGGAUGAUGCCUUCCCGCCCCCCGCGCAGCAACCGCUCUACCAGCAGCCCAGCCAGGGCAGCGACGAUGACUGGGAUGACGACUGGGAUGACACCUCCACCGUAGCGGAGGAGCCGGGCACUACGGGAAACCGUUACCAGGACUUUGAUGGUAACGGGGCUUCCACCUACAGGGUCUCCACAUGCUCCACGGCGAGAGGACAGCACCCCAAAAGCUCAGCGACAGUCAGCCGGAACCUAAACCGUUUUUCCACUUUCGUCAAGUCCGGAGGUGAAGCCUUCGUGCUGGGUGAGGCGGCGGGUUUCGUGAAAGACGGGGAUAAGAUCUGCGUGGUGAUGGGCCAGCACGGUCCCGAGUGGCAGGAGAACCCGUACCCGUUCACCUGCACCAUCGACGACCCCACCAAGCAGACCAAGUUCAAAGGGAUGAAGAGCUACAUGUCGUACAAGCUGACCCCAACGCACACCCAGGAGCAGGUGAACAGGCGCUACAAGCACUUCGACUGGCUGUAUGCCCGCCUGGUGGAAAAGUUCCCCGUCAUCUCGGUGCCUCACAUCCCAGAGAAACAGGCCACUGGGCGCUUCGAGGAGGACUUCAUCUCCAAGAGGCGGAAAGGCCUCAUCUGGUGGAUGAAUCACAUGACCAGCCACCCGGUGCUGGCACGCUGCGACGUGUUCCAGCACUUCCUCACCUGCAGCACGGACGAGAAGGCCUGGAAGAUGGGCAAGAGGAAGGCGGAGAAGGACGAGAUGGUGGGCGCCAACUUCUUCCUCACCAUCAGCACGCCGGCAGCGCCGCUCGACUUCCAGGAGGUGGAAAGCAAGAUUGACGGCUUCAAGGCUUUCACCAAGAGACUGGACGACAGCGCCCUACAACUGAACGCCACCGCCGGCGAAUUUGCGCGCAAGCAGAUGAGCGGCUUCCGGAAGGAGUACCACAAGAUGGGCGUGUCCUUCAAGGUCCUCAGCCAGGCUUUUGAGAUGGAUCAGCAGGUCUACUCGGCCGGACUCAACCAGGCCAUCUCCUUCACGGGUGACGCCUUUGAAUCCAUCGGAGAUUACUUUGCAGAGCAGCCCAACAAGGAUCUGGACCCCAUCAUGGACCUGUUGGCUCUUUAUCAGGGACACCUAGCCAACUACCCGGACAUCAUCCAUGUCCAGAAAGGCGCCCUAACCAAGGUGAAGGAGAGCCAGCGUCACGUGGAGGAGGGCAAGAUGGAGGCGGCGCAGGCGGAGGGCAUCACGGAGCGCUGCAACAUCAUCUCAUGCGCCACGCUGGCCGAGAUCCAGCACUUCCACCAGAUCCGCGUGCGGGACUUCCGGGCGCAGAUGCAGCACUUCCUGACACAGCAGAUGGCCUUCUUCCACAAGAUCACCGCCACGUUGGAGGAAGCCCUACGCAAGUACGACGCCGCGUAGCCCCACGCGUGUCCCUACGCCGGUUUUUUGACUGAAAAGGCCCGACAGAGGCGCUACGGCUCGGACGAACUUUCAAGGAGGGCAAGUGCAACCGAGGCUUGGAGGACCAAUAUAUUUGGUCAAUACAGGGGUGUCCAAACUAUGACCCGUGGGACAUUCAAAGCCCGUCGUCCAUUUUUUUUAGAACAUAACACACACCCACGGGCAUAUAUUCUUUAUCUUCUCUGAAAAACUGUCUUUUUCGUUUGUACCUGGUGACUGUAUUCUAUUUCAGUAAUCAUAUUACACAAACGAUUUAGUGAUUUUGUUUUUAUAAAAUACAAUACCAUAGAGUGCUAUUUUCCUUAUUAAAAAGCACAUUAUGAAAAGUUGUUGUUUUUUUUGUGGGGAUGUUGGAAACGGAUACAAUAUUUUCACUCGUUUCAAAGACGAACGAUGAUUUGAGAUACAAAUGUUUUGGGCACCGAGUGCGGUCACGAACCCGUAUUGUAUACAAAUCAACCUAUGGUUGCUUGACGUAAUGUUUUCAGCGUGUUUCAUAAAUCGAAAGUCGCUCAACGCCAAAGUGGGCCUUAAAUCCUGGAGUUUUCCUUUCGUGGCCUAAGAGGAAAAAGUUUAGACACCCCUGUAUAUAACGCAACUUUUAGGCCUUCUGUGUAAUGUAAACGGCAUCAGGUUGGCGAACAGGAAGUGAUCAUGAUUCAAAUGUACUUUUUCCCCCCCAGCCUUAUUUUAUUAACAGACUACUGCAGCUAACCCAGACAAAAAUGUUUACACGUCCUCUCGCUGUGCCUUCUCCUUUUGUCACUCAAGCUUUAUAUACUGUACAUGUCGAAACGAAAUUGUUGUAUUUGUUUUUACUAAAGUAUUUCGCUGAAAACACCACCGCCUUGUUUGAUUGGAUAUCGAGAUGUUUUAUUUGCAGGUGCCUCUCUGUGAAUUAGAAUAUCGUGGAAUUUUUGAAAAAUUAAAUUUCAACAGGGCUCUUCGUCUGAUCUACUCACAUUUGUUGUGCUGUUCCAACACACACAAUAUCGACCGCAUCGCAAUUGAGGUUGUAAAAUAAAUCCCUCCUGAACAACAACAACAACAAA